CUCUAACAGUCUUUCAUAAACCUGAUCGGAUGUGCGUGCUAUAUUUGGCAUUGUUUUCAUUUAUAUUGGAAAACUGUUGUGGUGUUUGAUAGUGUCACAAGCGGCCAACACAUUCCUCUGGUAAGUACUAUACAUUAAUUUUCGAAUUAAUCAUGAUUUUCAAAGUUUUAUUACCUAAUAUACGUAAACAGCUAUUGACCGCCAACUUUUGAGGUUAGGUUAGACGUACCGUGUACAGUUGGGCACGAAAUAUUAUUGAAAACGUCAUUCCUCUGGCAUCAUUCCUCUGGGUUUGUGGAUCCAGAGGAAUGAUGCAUCAGCCAGAGGAAUUAUAUUUUUGCCGGAGGAUCACAUAACAGUUAUUUUUUCAGAUUAUAAACAUGCCGAUUUCAAGGGAAGAGAAGCUGCGAAGAAAAAGAGAAGCUGAGAAACGAAGAUAUGAUAGGAUGAAGCAAGAUCCUGAAGAAAGAGAAAAAUUGAGACAGAAAGAACGCGAUCAAUAUUCGAAAAAAAAGGAAAAGAAGAUAAUCAGACCUAUCAGUCAGCUGAAUGAAAGAGAAAAACGUGCUAAAAGAAAAGAGUGGCGUCAAACCUCAAAAACUUAUAGACAAAAGCGAAAGCAAACCCAAAUACAGAAUGAAUUUUUGGAACAAAAUACUCCACCAGCAUCUCCCCUUUCUGUAGAAAACAUAAAUGAAGUUCAUCAAGUUACGCCUCAGAGUAUUUCAGGCAAACGUCUAGCAGCAAGAAAUAGAAAAGUGAGAAGCAGAAGAUCCAAAGAAAGAGAAAAAAUGAUUCUCAAACUACGAAAGGACGUCGCAAGAUAUAAAGGAAAAUAUUAUAGACUGAAGAAGAAAACAAAACAGAAGAACAGGCGAUUUGACCAGCCUUCGCCCAAAACAAGAGUGGGUGAUAUGAUUGGUGGGAAUCAAACUCCGGAGAUUGCGAAGAAACUGCUUUUUGCUGAAGCUGUAUCAGAUCAAUUGAAAACUAAUUAUGAACAAUUGAGAGGCGAUAAAGAUAAGCGAUUCUUCAGACAGAUAUUAUCAGGACCCAUUAUAAAAAAGUAUCGGAUGAAACAGGACUUACAAAAAAUUGUGAAGGGCAGUAAAUUGACAAAAUCUUCAACAAGCGUACAGAACAGAUCUGCAAUGGAGAGAUGUAAGAAAAUUAACGCAAUUUGGAAAUUCUUAGAAUCAGACCUCAACAGCAAAAUGUGUCCAGGAAAAAAAGACUAUUGCUCUAGAAAUGGUAAGAUAAAGCAAAAACGAUAUCUGAAUGACACAAUGUUCAAUUUACACAAGAUUUUUCUGAAAAAGCAUCCAAAUAUACCUGUUAGUUAUGCUUUUUGGUGUAAGAAUCGUCCUUUUCAUAUCGUUUCAAAGAAAGUUUCUUCAAGAGAUACUUGCAGCUGCAUGGUAUGUUUGAAUAUGACUUUGCUGAUUGGGACUCUCUCUCGAUUGAAUGUUAUCAAAGAAAACAAUUCCAAUUCGGUAAUAUCUUCAUUCUGUUGUGAGAAUAGAACUGAGAAAUGCCUUCUCAGAGAUUGUCCUGAAUGUGAAAACAAAAAUAUUCAAUUUGAAGAUCAAAAUCGCUGCGAAAUGAGCUUUUUUUAUAAGUGGUGUUCACAGAAACACACAUAUUUUGAUAACAAAACUAGAAAACAGAAGACAGUUGUUAAAAUCACGAAACAAAAGUGCUUGUGUUCUAUUUCAAAAAUUGUUGAGGAGUUUGAGAGUAAUAUAAUAAAGUAUCUAAAGCACAAAGGCAGGGCUUAUCACCAAUAUAAAAUAAUCAGUGAGCUGAAGAAGGAUCUGAAGACUAAUGAGGCAUUAAUUCAUAUGGACUUCAGUGAGAAUUAUAAUCUAAAGUAUGCUGAAGAGAUUCAGGCAUUUCAUUUUGGAGGAUCAAGACAACAGAUAUCACUCCACACAGUUGUUAUGUACACGAACGCUGGUGGAAAAUUGAAGAAAGAAUGCUACUGUACGCUAUCAGAGUGUCUUAAUCAUAAUGUACCAGGGAUAUGGGCACAUUUAGAUCCUAUUUUAAAGAGCUUAAUGGAGCGGUAUCCCAUUAUUGAUACUUUGCACUUUGUAAGUGAUAGUCCUGCUACACAGUAUCGCAAUAAAACGAUGUUCUUUUUUCUCGCUGUUGAACUAUCUAAUUUGUUUCCAACAAUCAGGAAAUUUUCUUGGAAUUACUUGGAGGCAGGCCACGGAAAAGGAGCUCCGGAUGGUGUAGGUGGAGUGACUAAGAGAACAGCGGACAGAUUGGUUGCCCAAGGCCAUGAUAUCGCAUCAUUUGAUACGUUGGUAACUGCACUGUCACAAAAUAUCAAAGGUAUAACGUACCUAACAGUUGAUGCUAGCGAUGUGAAGAGAAUAUCAGAACGACUAGACAACAAAAAAAUGCCAAUUUUCAAAGGUACCAUGAAAGUGCAUCAGGUGAAGAAAGACUUAUCGCAGAAAGCCUUUCCUAAAUUACUCUUCUAUUCGCUGAGUUCUUUGGACGAAGAUGAUCAUACUUAUCUCCUUGGUUCGAAGGUGUAUGAGUCGGCAAACCCACUAUCUCCAGAAGAAGCUUCGGAUGCAUCAAGUGAUGAAGACUUGCCAUUAAUUCGAUAUUCUUCAACUGGAACAGAGAUUCCUAAUAGAAAGUUAAAUUUUAACGAUGUAUACUCGGAUGAUGAAGAAGCUGGUACAAGUACCGAUAAGACAGAAUCUAUCCUUCAUAAUAUCAAAAAUGGAACGUUUUUGUUGGUCCAGCUCAAAACGAAAAAAGUGAGCUAUAGAUAUGUUGCUGUCGCGCAAAAUGAGAUUGAAGAAGACGGUGAGGUUCGAGUUAUGUUUCUAAAAGUAUGCGAACUCAAUAGUAAGCAGGUAUUCAAACCAAAUGAAAGAGACAUCUCAUAUGUGACAUUCGAUGAUAUACUAAAUGUUUUGCCCACACCAUCCAUGAUUUUUCAUGAUAACAAAUUAUUUUAUGAGUUCAAUAUGGGAGUUGAUGUUUUCGAGAAAUGA